AAAAGAAAGAAAAAAAAUGACAAUAAAUAAUGAAAUAGAAAAACGACGAAUACUGUGUGAAAAUCUACGAUGGAUUCCUCUGUCGCUGUGCUUAUUGUACACCUUUUUGCAGAAGGUGGUCCAGAGAGCCAGGCUUUUGCUUUCUUCGAUACAUGUUUUCCCAUCAUUUCUCACGAGAACUUCUUGAAGGCUAAAGCAUUGACCUUGGUUUCCCAUGGCUGCUACUAAACUUAACAAUCAUCUACGGGGCUCAGAUUGUCUUCCAAUGCAUUUCUUCAAAAUAAUACUUCCCUCUACACUUAAAGACCAAAAACUGAAAAUCCCAAGAAAGUUUGGUAAAAAAAUUGUCAAUGAAUUGUCUUCAAUUGCUACCAUCACUGUUCCCAAUUGUCACACUUGGAAGCUGGGAUUGGAGAAAGCUAAUGGAAGAAUUUCGUUUGUUGAUGGUUGGCAACAAUUUGUGGACUACCAUUCUAUAGCGUCUGGCUAUUUUUUAGUAUUUAGAUAUGAAGGGUUUUCAAAAUUCCAUGUCUAUAUAUUUGAUAAAAGUUGUACAGAGAUUGACUACCCAAUCAUGAAUGGUGUAUGCAAUAAGUUGGAGCCCAAGAAGGAAGUUGCAGAUGAUGAUAGUGAUGAUGAUGUUGAAAUUUUAGAACAUUAUGCAGAUCAACAGGGUUGUAAAAAAAGGAAGAAGCCUUGCCAGUGUGCUACUUGUAUGAAGUGCAAAGUACCUAGAAAGAGCAAAAACUGUAAAUUGGAAGAACAAGAAGAUGAAAUAGCAUUAUCAGGGGAUGUGAAUAUAUUUAAUGGGAAUAAAAUGCCUGCCUCAUAUGGUUUGACAACAAUUGAUGAAGAUGGAUUGAUGUUCAUCUGUAGAUCUUUCCUUAGCUCUAAAAUUAAACCUGUGAUUUCCAAGGAAAGUGAGAGGGCAAUCAAUGCUGCCAGAAGCUGCAAGCGCACACAUCCUUCUUUCUUGGUUCUCUUGAGGAGAUAUAAUUUAAGCUGUCAUUAUGUGGAUGUGCCUGGAGAAUUUGUGAUGAAAUACAUGAGGAAUUGUUCAGAUUUCAUAAAACUGAAAAGUUUUAGUGGAAACAAGAAAUGGCAUGUAAAGUGCAGUUUGCAAAAGGGGAAAAAAUCUAUUAAGAGAAUAACCAAAGGAUGGAAUGUUUUUGUCAAGGACAACAAUUUGAAAGUAGAUGAUGUGUGCGUAUUUGAGCUGGUCAAGCACAAGCAGGAUGAUAUUUUGUUGGAAGUUUCAAUAUACUAUGCUGAUGAAUAUGCAGAUCCAGUUAAGAAAUGCUCAAAGUGUGGCUGCUAGGCAGAGACGUGGGCGGGCAAACAUGGGGAUAAGCUUGGGGGGUCAGAUUCUCCAUCCAAUUUCUUCAAGAUAAUAACUUCCUUCCGUCUACCCCUGAAGUCCAAAGAUUGGCAAAAAGGAAUAAUCACUUUCAUUUAUAUAUAUAUAUAUGAUAUAAGAGGAUGUAAUUAACUUUGUUCCUUUAAUAUGUUUUCUCCAUGAAGUUUGUAACAUUGAGAACGUUACAUUUGGAUUUGGCAUUUUAAUUGUAUUUUAUUUUAUUUUUA